CUCCGAGCGAGUCCGCCUUUCGUUUCCGUUCGCCUUCCUUUCCUCAGCCUCAUCCAGAAAACCGGGAAGUGCAGGAGCAAACCGCAGGACAGACCCACCCCCUGCGCCUCACCAGCUUACGGCCACGAGGGCGCCGAUUCCUCUCUGGGGCCCGCCCCUUCGAGCGGGGUCAGAUUACGCCUGUCUGGACCUAUCUCACCAAAAGUGCCCACUCACUGAUGUGAGACUUUCAGGGUCGGCUGGGAGCCACAGCCCAGCCUCCCGAUGCAGUCUGAAUCCAGCCGGUGUGAAGAGGAGACCCCUUCCCUCUUGUGGGGUUUGGAUCCUGUGUUUCUAGCCUUUGCAAAACUCUACGUCAGGGAUAUCUUGGACUUGAAGGAGUCCUGCCAGGUGCCAGGUGUAUUUUUUUACAAUGGGCAUCCAAUAAAACAAGUAGAUAUCUUGGGAACUGUAAUUGGAGUGAGAGAAAGAAAUACUUUCUACAGUUACGGAGUGGAUGAUAGCACUGGAGUUAUAAACUGCAUCUGCUGGAAGAAGUUGAACAAUACCGAGUCUUCCUCAGCUGCUCCAAGUGCAAGAGAACUGAAAUUAACAUCCCAGCUUAAGAAGCUGCAGGAGACCAUUGAGCAGAGAACAAAGAUAGAAAUUGGGGACCUUAUCCGGGUCAGAGGUUAUGUCCGCACGUACAGAGAAGAGCGAGAAAUCCAUGCCACUGCUCACUAUAAAGUAGACGAUCCAGUGUGCAACAUUCAAAUUGCAAGGAUGCUUGAGCUGCCCACUAUCUACAGGAAAGUUUAUGACCAACCUUUCCACAGCCCAGCCCUAGAAAAAGAGGCACUAAGCAAAAAUCCAGGUGCCCUGGACCUUGCGAAUCUCACAUGUUUACUGAGUGAAAGAGCCAAAGAAUUUCUCCUGAAGAACAGAGUGCAGACCUUCUACCAGCAGGAGUUGGAAAUAGUGGAGUCUCUGCUGUCCCUUGCCAACCAGCCAGUGAUUCACAGUGCCUGCUCCAAGCAAGCAGAUUUUAAGAAUGACACCACUUCCAAGGCAAUUCACAGUAUAUUUAAGAAUGCUAUAAAGCUCUUGCAGGAAAAAGGAUUCAUUUACCAGAAAGAUGGUGGUUUUGACAACCUCUUCUAUGUAACCAGAGAAGACAAAGAACUACACAGAAAGAUCCACCGAAUCAUUCAAGAAGACUGCCAGAAACCAAAUCUGUGCCAGGACUGGCUGAGAGAACGCCAAGUGGAAAGAAGUCUAUUCAGUGAUGAGGAACCCAAGACUUGGUGCCAAGGAUCGAAACUAAGCAAACUUGUAAUUUUCCGUUGGAGGAAACAACCACACUUUCUUACUAGUGUGGUUUCUUCUCUACAAGUGGCCUCUGCAGCAGCUGCCCCAAAGAAGCAUCUUGUUUCCAUAUUAAAUUUAUGUGAAGCAUACGGGCAGACUCGAAGACCAUGGCGAGGCCUCUGGAGAAGCCAGCAGCAGGCGCGGGCCGAGAAGGGGGGCAUUCUGAAGGGAAACGGCGCUGUGGAUGAAGAGCUUCACAAGAGUUUUUAUUUGCAUGAUAGCCUACUGGUGGAGGCUCUAAAUGUGAGCCCAAACUCCCACAGAAGUGAGUUUUUAUAUAAUCCAGAAUUUAUUUUUGAAAUGUGGCCUAUGUUUGUUGAACUUUUAUUAGGUAAACCCAAAUGUAAGUCAUAGUACAGCCCAAGGUUCUAUAUUCACAAGAAUUCUAAGUCAAAUCCCACAAUCCUGAAGAGACUCAUGUCCCUCCCAGUAUGACAAAUUAAAAUGAUAGGUUUUUGUUUUGGAACAUGAAGAGAGGAAUUUUGAGGACCACAUAAUAGCCCUAGUUAUUUUUAGAUAGAGACAGUAAAGUGGUGUCUCAUUAAUUCUGACUGAUUUGGUGGAAGGUUUGUGUAAAUUAGUGGAAAAUCUGGGUUUGAAAUAGUGCCAUUUUAUUUCUUUAAGGGUCUACCAAGUGUUCUGUAUUAUAUUUGAAUUACCACAAGGAAACAGGUUUGCUGCUGUAAUGAAUAAGAAAUAAUUAUGUAUCAUUAUUAUUCAGUAUCACUUAAUUGUUAUGUAUCAUUUAAUAUUAAUAGGUGAUUUAUAAGUACUUGAACUUUAAGAAAUUUUAAAAUAUAUGUCUGCACAAAAACUUGUGCAUGAAUGUUCACAGCAGUAUUAUUCCUGAUCUCCAAAAAGUGGAAACUACCCAGAUGUCCAUCAGCUAAUGAAUGGAUAAAAACGAAUGUGGUAUGUCCAAAUAGUGGAACUUAUUGAGUCAUAAAAAGGGAUGGAAGUACAGAUACACCUUGAAAACAGUAUGCUAAGUAAAAGAGCCAGAUAGAAUAGGCCACAUAUUGUAUGGUUUCAUUUAUAUAUAAUGUCG